CCCAUAGCAGAAAUGAACACUGAUUAUAAACCUAACUCGAGAAAAUCAGGAGCAUCGUGCGAUUUAUGAAAAGAAUCGCGCGUCUCCCCCCGACAGUGUGAUGGGUUAAGGGCGUUUUAUGUGUUGGAUUCGGAUGCUCCGGUGUAAAAUCCAAAAGGACCCUUCUUCCCCCCUUUCUCAUCUAUAAAUAUCCUUUUGCCUGCCUGAAUCCUCUCCUUGUGUCUCGUCCCUCGCUGCUUCUCUUUAAUUCUGUCCAUUUAUCGAAAAGAGAAAUCUCAUACACCCAUCAGCUAUGACUACUGAAAAGAAAAUUCGUCAUCGCCUGUGUAGAAGACAGAACUUCCUUCAGGAGCCCAUCGGAGUUAGUCUCAGACAGCGGCAUCUUAAGAGAGCCGUGGAUACUACUCUCCGGCACGUGAAAGUGAAAAUGACAGCUAUAAAGAUGGAGAUGAAACGCGUGAAGAACUCCAACGAGAAAGAAAGAGUGGAGCCGAGAGAGAUGCAAGCGAUGCUCCAACAGCUUAUAGCGGAGAGAAUGCAAGCGGAGGAAGAGAGAAAGCACGCCCUGGAAGAAUCCGUGCGGACGCAAGCUUGCUGUGAUGCCAUGGAGGCUCUGUUGUUUGCGCCCUAGGGGAUCAGGUCCACCGCUCUUCCGGUUGAGCAUUGAUUCCAUUGGUAUUUUACUAUUGGUCCAACUGGGUAUACUAUUAUACAGUUUGCUUGGUGUGAAGUUUGCUUGGUUUGAUUUUAUCUUCACAUGUUAUGAAUUAAUUCUGGUAUGUAAAAAUUAUGGGUUGAAUUUGAAUUUUAUGGUUAAAAAUAUAAAUAAUUUUAUUAAUAAAUUACAUGAUUGAUAGUAUACAUUAUGAAUUAAUGCUUCUAAUUAUAUAUGGGUUUCUUAUUUUAUUUUCUUUUGCUUGAUUUUUGAGUAAAGAAGGGGUAAUUUAUUUGGCUUUUCUUCUUCUUCUUCUUCUUCUUCUUCUUCUAUCUGUUAACGAUUCUUCAUCAGGGAUGCAGGUUCUUUAAACCCACCCCAGCUUUGUCAAAUCCGGACUAAAAGAACGCAAAUUUUGAUUUAUACGCAUCGGCCGAUCGAGUAUGACGUUUGAACUCAGGACAAAUAUCCUUGACCC